AAUGAUUGUCAUCCUUUUUUUUACCAAAUCAAAACUCAGUUUACAUGUUUUUGGCUGAGAGAAAGGCUGAUCAACUAAACCGCCAUGAGCAAACUCAUUCUUAUAGCAGCUCUCUGUCUGUUCCCAAGCAGCUGGGUGUCAUCCUAUAGACUGGCAUGCUACUUCACUAACUGGUCCCAGUAUAGGCCAGGAAAUGGGAAGUUUAUACCUUUGAAUAUUGAUCCAAACCUCUGUACUCACCUGAUCUUUGCGUUUUCUGGUAUUAAUGAGGCCAUUGAGUUAGCCCCUAUAGAGUGGAAUGAUGAUGAACUUUAUAAAGCCUUCAACGGACUCAAAGUCAGAAAUCCAAAUCUUAAAACACUGUUGGCCGUUGGAGGCUGGAACUUUGGAUCAGAAAAAUUUACUACAAUGGUCUCAACACAAGUAAAUAGAGGUACGUUUAUCCAGUCUUCCAUUACUCUACUGAGAAAAUACGGUUUCGAUGGACUAGACUUGGAUUGGGAAUACCCCGCAGCAAGAGGAAGCCCUCAGGGGGACAAGCAGAAAUUCACAGCAUUGUGCAAGGAGCUCUUUGAGGCCUACGAGGCUGAGGAAAGACCACCAGAACAGCCCAGGCUGAUGAUCUCUGCUGCAGUACCUGCUGGGAAAAAAACCAUUGAUGAUGGCUUUGAAAUUGCAGAGAUCUCAAAGUAUCUGGAUUUCAUUAAUGUGAUGACGUAUGACUUCCACGGCUCAUGGGAGAAUGUCACAGGACACCACAGCCCUUUGUAUAAACAGCUCAGUGAGACCGGGGCCCAGGCUGACCUAAAUACUGACUUUGCCAUGAGCUACUGGAGGGACAACGGAAGCCCUGUAGAGAAGCUAAAUAUGGGCUUUGCAACAUACGGACGGACGUUUAAGAUCUCUUCUCCGUCCAGGGGGGUUGGAGCUCCAGCCAGUGGUCCUGCUGCUGCUGCUCCUUUUACACAGACUGCUGGUUUCUGGUCUUAUUAUGAGAUCUGCAGUUUUCUUCAAGGGGCCAGUGUACAGAUGACAGAGGAUCAGAAAGUUCCACAUGCCACCAAAGAAGAUGAGUGGGUUGGGUUUGACAACCAAGAAAGUUUUAGUACCAAGGUCAGUUAUCUGAAAAACAAUCAGUUUGGAGGAGCCUUUGUCUGGGCUCUGGACCUGGACGACUUCAGUGGACAGUUCUGUGGACAGCAGAACUUCCCCCUCAUCCGCCACCUUAAAUCACUUCUGGCUUCAGAUCUUUCUUCUCCAGCAACACAAUCCACUCCAGUGACUCCGGUGAACAGCAAAGACCAAGUGCACACCACACCUUCAACCGGACCAACAACGCCUGACAAUUUCUGUGCCACAAAUUCAGAGGGGCUCCAUCCCAAACCGGAUGCACCGGGUUCUUUUUACAACUGUGCCAACGGCAUCACAUGGAUCCAAAACUGCCCAAAGGGUUUAGUAUUCCGGGGCAGCUGCAAAUGCUGUGACUGGCCUCAAUGAUCCAACAACCUGUUACAUGAGUCAUCAUCAGAGAUCUGCCCCAAACAUCACUUUAAGUGCAGAGUUGCAUUUGUUUAUUUUCUAGAUCUGAAUGGUUUGUUGGGUAUUCCAUGGUAAAGGAAAUCAGCAUCUUGUGGAUUUAGGGAACAACGAACAGCAUUGUUAUCAUCUCUAAUCUUUCAGCUUGUUCUGAAUAUCUUAACUAGCUUCUUCCAUGUUAAGGUGAACUACAACAAAUGACAAUAAAUUCUUUACAUGGAUGGUG